AAACCCAGAACCCUAAUCGCUCAGGAGAGCAAGGACCCCCUCACUGAGCGACCAUGUCGAUGUCGAAGAGCUCCAAGAUGCUCCAGUUCAUCAACUACCGCAUGAGAGUGACGAUCCAGGACGGCCGUCAGCUCGUCGGAAAGUUCAUGGCCUUCGACCGCCACAUGAACCUCGUCCUCGGCGACUGCGAGGAGUUCCGGAAGCUUCCCCCGGCCAAAGGCUCCGCCGCCAAGAAGAACACCAACACCAACGAGGACCGCGACGACCGCCGCACUCUCGGCCUCGUCCUCCUCCGCGGCGAGGAGGUCAUCUCCAUGACCGUCGAGGGCCCGCCGCCUCAGGAGGAGUCACGCGCCAAGGCCGCGAGUGCCGCCGCUCUUUCCGGCUCCGGAAUCGGACGCGCCGCCGGCAGGGGGAUCGUGACUCCUCCCGUGGCCCAGGCCCAGCCCGGUCUCUCCGGCCCCGUCCGCGGCGUUGGCGGGCCCGCUCCCGGCAUGAUGCAGCCUCAGAUGUCUCGCCCUAACCUCUCGGCGCCUCCGAUGACGUAUCCGGCUGCUCCGGUGAUCCGUCCCCCGCCGCAGAUGUAUCCUGGCCAGGGACCACCACCGAUGGUGCGUGGCCCGCCGCCGCAGUUUCCUCCUCCCGGUGCUAGGCCCGGCGGUCCACCUCAGCAGUUUCCCGGUCCUCCGAUGCAGUACGGGCAGAGACCAAUGGGGCCUCCGGGGCAGAUGAUGAGGGGUCCACCACCUCGCCAAGGAAUGCCUCCUCCUCCCGGUGUGUUUGGAGGACCUCCACGAGGAAUGCCUCCGCCGCCUCAGAACCCUAACCAGCAGCAGCAACAGUGAAUUCGGCAUCUUCUUGUGCGUGUAUAUUAGUAGUAAGUUGGAGACGCUUAUAUGUUAGUAGUACGAUGAAGAGAUGAUAGCAAAGGGCCUUCCAGCUAGGCCAAGGGUGGAGUUGGGCACGAAACUGGUGGAGUAAUGGAUCUGAUGAUGGGUACUUGCAAUGUCUUUGGGUGCUUCUGAGAUGCUACAGCUAAUUGGAAUAUAAAAACAUUUCUACCAGCAUUUUGUGUUGAAUAGCAAAUUAAAGCGAAGGAAUACUAUCUCAAUAAUGCACUCAGUGUCGAACGUUUGGUAUAUGUAGUUGCGUGAAAUUGAAUCACUACAUGGCUGCAAUUCGAUCCGUAGAUGAGUUUGUUCAUCUAGAUUGAUUAGGCUGGUUUGGUGGCAGUUGAGGUUUUGUGUUUGCUAGCUCUCUGCAUUUUGUAGUUUUAUUGUUUCUCUAUGUGUCAUGCUUUAUGAUUUAAUCAAUAAAAGGUGUUUCUUUUCAAAUCA